UUCCACUCCGCUCCUCCUUUGGUCGACAGCCGCGCUUUCCCGCUCGCGUCGCAGCCUCCGGUGCCACCGCCGCCUCCGCCAUGCCCAACAUCGUGCUCUUCAGCGGCAGCUCGCACCAGGACCUGUCCCAGCGCGUGGCCGACCGGCUGGGCCUGGAGCUGGGCAAGGUGGUCACGAAGAAGUUCAGCAACCAGGAGACCAGCGUGGAGAUUGGUGAAAGCGUGAGGGGUGAAGAUGUCUACAUCAUCCAGAGUGGCUGCGGGGAGAUCAAUGACAACCUCAUGGAGCUCCUCAUCAUGAUCAACGCGUGCAAGAUCGCGUCAUCGUCCAGGGUGACUGCCGUGAUCCCAUGUUUUCCAUACGCCCGACAGGAUAAAAAGGACAAGAGUCGUGCUCCGAUUUCGGCGAAACUAGUGGCCAACAUGCUCUCAGUCGCUGGGGCCGAUCACAUCAUCACCAUGGACCUGCAUGCCUCUCAGAUCCAGGGAUUCUUUGACAUCCCGGUGGAUAAUUUGUAUGCGGAGCCUGCGGUCCUGCAGUGGAUUCGGGAGAACAUCGCCGAGUGGAGGAACUGUAUCAUCGUUUCACCUGACGCCGGGGGAGCCAAAAGGGUCACCUCAAUCGCAGAUAGGCUGAAUGUGGAAUUUGCCUUGAUUCACAAAGAGAGGAAGAAAGCGAACGAAGUGGACCGGAUGGUUCUGGUGGGCGACGUGAAGGACCGCGUGGCCAUCCUCGUGGACGACAUGGCUGACACAUGUGGCACCAUCUGUCAUGCCGCGGACAAGCUGCUCUCGGCUGGAGCCACCAAAGUUUAUGCUAUCCUGACACACGGGAUCUUCUCGGGACCAGCUAUUUCCCAAAUAAAUAAUGCUGCCUUUGAAGCUGUUGUCGUCACAAACACCAUUCCGCAAGAGGACAAAAUGAGACACUGUCCCAAGAUUCAGGUUAUUGAUAUCUCGAUGAUCUUGGCAGAGGCAAUCCGGAGAACGCACAACGGUGAAUCUGUGUCUUACCUGUUUAGCCACGUGCCGCUCUAGACCCCGGACGGGGAGCGCGGGGCCGGCCCACUUGUGCGUGCUCGCCUGACUUCUUAGUUUUAGGACUCAGCAAUUCUAGGAUAUAACGCAAAAGCAUCCCAUCUUGUAUCCUCCAAGACGCAUUGUUUCCCCCCUUCUCAAGCUCAAGACCAUUUCUUUCCAGUUUGGCCGGGGAGGGUGGUGGUUGUUUGAUCUUCGUGAGUGAACUGUUUGUUGUUAAUGAGAUACGUUUCGUCAUCCCAACUUGUCCCGACAGGUGACCCUCUUCUUUGUUUUGCCAGUACUUUGAGGCCACAACUUUCAAGUAUGGAAUUCUACCGCCGAAGUUCACAGUUGAUGUAUUUCGAGGUUGCCCAAGGCGACUUCAGAUUAAAGCCUUCUGUGUAAAUAAGGAUAAUGCCUAUGGACAUUGGGGUGAAACCCUGUAUACAGAAUUAGCCUUUUACUUCCGAGGGAACCUUAGAAAAUUGAUAAUACCCCGAGUUUGGUUUUACUUUAUUUUUUUCUUUUUAGUCACCAGGAUUCAAAUAAACCAUUGUGGUUAUUCUUAAUUUGACCAGAAUUUAAGCAGCCCAAGAUGGCCACUGACACAUUUACUUUCUGAUAAACAUGAGACAGCAGAGUCAAUCCGUAUUUUUUUUUUAUUGCCCCUUCUGAAAAACACAUGAUAACCAUCACUUACCUGAAACGUCAUGUUCUAAAAUUCCAGAAUUAUGUGCAGCGGCAAAUCUGAUUGAGGAAGUGUCAAGAUAGACCCUUCAGGCUCACUGGGGCUACUCACGCUGUGCUCUUCCUGUCCCGCCGUCUUGUUUUAUGGCCUUUUGUUAGUUCCAGCUUUUACUUUGCCUUUUUUCCAAUAAUUUCACAUUGUGGGUUGCCGCCAAAACAAAGACUCCCCUAAGUCUCCUCAGAUUUACUGGUCUGUUCAUUGUUUUUGACAUAAUAAAAAGGUGAAUUUCUGUUGAGUACCACCAAAUGCAUAUUUAAACAUGACCUCCUUUGUUUUAAUAUUCUUUUGCCUUUUGUAAUCAGAAGUAGCAAGUCUACUAGACUACUGAUGAUUUUAACUAAAACCGUUCCAUGAAGAACGUGGGUAAGCGAGGCGUACAGAGAAAGUAAAGAUAAGGAAGUGUUCAUUGUUUUGUGACGGUAACGUUCCAGUGGUGGCCCAAGAGCGAUGGUGGAGGCGAAGCUUGCUUUACUCACACGUGGCCCUUGACAGCAUCCUCCUCGGUGAGGUGCCUCCCCACGUGUGGCAGAAGAGAGAUUUGCCUGCAUAGACAGAGCCUGGGAAUAAUAACAGUCCCUCUCUUCUGCUGAAUCUUAAAACUCGAAGAGAGGAAAUUGAUCUAAAUUUUGCAGGUGGCAAAACCAAAUCCAGAAGUCAACAAUGGACUUGAACAGCAAUCUUUAAGGUUUCAAACUUCACUACAGCAGAGGUCGAGGUCAAAAAAUAUCGUUUGGGUCAUUGCGGAGAUGAACAUCUUGCUGUACCUUAAAAUGGAUUUUGAGGAAAGUGGUAUUCUAGCCUGGUAGAGUUGGCUGUGCAAUGUGUAUUGACUCUCUAGGCAGAGUUGACUUGAUAAUGUAAAGAGCCUCCUUAGAUGUUUGUAAUUUUUAGUUUUGAUAAAUGAGGAAUAUCUAUUUCUUGGAAUUUCUAUGCCUAGACCAGUGAAAAUGUAGUUACAAACACGCACACGUAGACAGCCUUGGCAUACAAGCGUAGACACAUUAACAUGACUGAAAAAAGUUGAUUUAAAUGUGAUCCUUUUCUCUCAAGUCUAAGAGCUAGUUUCAGAAUAAUCUUCAGAUAAAAAUAUGCAUGAUCAUGAUUGAAUUAACAACCGCCUCUCUCUCCUAGUCUCACUUUGUUGUUUUUCAAGUAGUUCUGAUACAUUAACUAAUUCGACUAGACUUGGCCACACACAGCGGCAACGUAGACCCCCUCGACUAUGUGAUGGUUUCAGUUCAAGAAAGAUGAUGAAGGGGGCCUCGGGAGCGGCCCCAUCCCCAGACUCGCCAGCCCUUGCUGCUUGUGUGCGGACCUUAAGCGAAACCACCAGAUCUCUCGGUUGGGUCCGACUCACGUGUGUGGGGCCGAGCAGGGGAGCCACAGAAAUAACACGUGCCCCAGAGCUGCUCGUGCUCCGGCCAAAAGUGUGUUAAUCCGCGUGCAGAUGCUCCUGUUAGAACAUGCCUCUGUUCGGAUGCAGUGCUUACAUGGGUUUAGGAUAUAGGAUUUUAAGGUCGUCGAACACUGUACUAACACAUUUCAAUAAAAUCGUGCUACUUCCUUCUGUUA